AUGCCGCCAAGACCAUACCCACAUCCCAACGGGAUGCCAUCCUUUUGGAGGUCAUCACCUGGGAGACUUGACACCUAUCGCUCCCCAGAGGGCAUUCCUCAGACGACAGAUAUCGCCAUCAUUGGAGCCGGGUUCUCGGGCGGGUCGCUGGUCAGUCACAUCCUCGCGUCAGAGCACGGCCGGAGCAAGAGUGUACUUGUCCUCGAGGCACGAGAGCUUUGUUCUGGCGCCACAGGACGAAAUGGUGGGCACAUGAAACCAGACGUGUAUAACAUGACUGCCUUUUUGGCGUCAAAAUUUGGUAUCGCGGCUGCUACAGAGGUCGCGGAAUUCGAGUUUGCCAAUGCCAAGGCUGUAGAAACAUUUGCAAAGGAGUCCGGCGCCGAUUGCGAAUACUUUGUCACGAGGGCUGUCGAUGUUCAGCUAUCCGAGCUACACAAUGCAUCCAUCAAGGCAGGCUAUGAUAGCCUUCUUGCGGCAGGUGUCGACGUCACUCGCAACGCAUUUUAUAUGCAUGGCAAAGAUGCCGAGAUGAUUUCCGGUGUUAAGGGUGCCAAGGGAGCAUUUAGCUACACUGCAGGCCAUGUUUGGCCGUAUAAGAUGAUUCACCACAUGUUUUCUCACGCAGUCGCAAAUGGCAUCAAUCUGCAGACUAAUACACCCGUCCAAUCAAUAUCUUCUACCCAAGAUAGCCAGGGGUACUGGGUGAUCAACACUCAGCGAGGCACCGUCCGUGCGAAGCAAGUCAUUAUGGCAACGAAUGCAUACACAGCAGCCUUGUUACCAGAGUAUCAUGAUAAAAUCAUACCCUAUCGUGCGAUAUGCAGUCGCAUCGUGUCCCCUGACAGCCCGCCUCUCCUACCCAAUACCUACACGAUUCGAUUCAAUGAAUGGGACUUCGACUAUCUCAUUCCUCGCAAAGAUGGCAGCAUUGUUGUAGGAGGAGCUCGGAGGGCAUACUUGCAGCGCCUCGAAGAUUGGUAUGGUAACGUUGAUGACAGUGGGCUUAUUCAAGGUGCUAAGCACUACUUCGAUGGCUAUAUGCAGCAUCAUUUCAGAGGAUGGGAAUCCAGUGGUGCAAGAACGGAUCAGGUCUGGACCGGAAUCAUGGGAUACUCGUCAGAUAGGCUUCCAAGGAUUGGACGCAUUCCAGGUCGGGAGAACAUGUUCAUCAUGGGAGGCUUCACGGGCCACGGGAUGCCUCAGAUCUUCUUGAGCGCCAAGGGCAUCAGUCAAAUGGUGCUGAGCGGGUGCGGCUUCGAGGAGACAGGGCUGCCAAGAGUGUUUGAAGAGACCUCAGAACGGUUGUCAAACACCGAGAACUUUGUCAUGGAUCUAUACAAUAGCAUCCCUUCAACUGCUAAAUUGUAA